AUGCAUCCGAUCUCACGAAGAGAAGAGGCUGCCAGGCCUAAGAGUCGGGAUGCAAUACCCAUCCAUCAUUUGUUGAAUGCCCCUGAUGGGGAUGAUCUGGCCCCCCGGUUCCCGGUUCGAGACACACCUCCAGGCGGUGGUGACGAGGACGAUGUGACGGUCAACGAUGCAGAGGACUCGUCCGAAGCUUCGCAUUGGAGCGAGGACUAUGAAUCCCACGACGUCUUUACCGGUGCAAGUCUGGCCGAUUUGGAUGUCGUAAAUUUUGACUCUUUCUUCGGAGGCUUCGAGAGCCUAACUUUUGGCUCGUAUCCCCCGAACGCCGACUUACAACACAUUACUAGUGGGACGGGUAUUGUUUCUGCUGCUGCUCUGACGCUGGAGCCUCGCGCCUAUGAGAUUAGACAGUUGUUGAUGGGCGCAGCCACCAAGUUUGCAAUCGAGUAUCCGGACAGUCCUCAGCUCGCGCACUUGGAGACAAACAUCGGACUCCUCACCCAUGUCGAAAUAGACCACUGCCUUAAUCUAUUCUUCAACAACUACUACCGGCACUGUCCGAUAAUUCAUCGCCCGUCGUUUGAGCCAACGAUUGCCCCUAUACCUCUUGUGCUGGGCUGUGUCGCACUUGGGGCUAUGUACUCGGAACCGACAAAGGUCGCUUGGAUGAAGGGUCUUCUGGACCUUAUCGAGUCAUACGUCUUCUCGCUGCCAGAGGUAAGGGACGAAUUCUUUGGCACAUUGGGGGUUUUGGAAGCACCAGACGAGGAUGCCGUGGAAUAUCACUUUCAAUUAUUUCAAGGGGCCUAUCUUGUGGUCAUUGUCCAGUACUUCUCAGGCAAUCUAGCCGGCCGUAGAAGAGCCAGAAGGCAGAGGUUUCCUUCAAUGCUGAGUCUCGGUCGAUAUUUCGGCUUGCCAUCAGCGCAGCAUUCGAACAUUGUUGCAAUACCGGACGACAUUGCUUUUCAGCGCUGGGUGCGGAUUGAGGCACGCAUUCGGACGAUGAAUGUGAUUCUCGCCCUCGACUCCGCCAUGGGCAUUUUCAACAACGUCCCUCCGCGCAUCAAUUACUGCGAAGUUGACCUCCAGCUGCCGUGUCAUCCCGAGUAUUUUGAGUUGUCAGGCUAUGCGGAAAUGUUGCAGCAGGGUUCAUUUCCUCGUCCGCGGAUGAAGUUGAUCGAAGCUUUCCAGAAACUGUUCGUCCAUCCUAGCGAGCUCAAGGCGGCAUAUCAGAACGAGAAUUUGUGUUGUUGGGAUAUGCUUUACCUAAGCCACGUUUUGUAUACCCACUGUUGGCAGCAUCUCUUCGGAAACCCGCUCAAUCGAAUAUCGGCCACUUCGCUGGCUGCGGAACCGCAUCUUGUAUACGAACCGAUGAAGAUUGCCCUGGCCAACUGGAAGACCCUGUGGGAUGAUAUCCGUGCCAAGCUGACUCGCGCCAACGUCAGCGAAAUGGGGUUUGAAACUUCAGCCGAUAGUUAUUGGACGCUUGUCAAGAUGAUUGUGUUGAGAUUCGAGCACAAGAAAAGCGCCAGCAGCACCUCCAGUAGCAUAAACGGGGCACCUACAAACUCCUCGGGCGGGUUUGCCCACAGAGAGGGAGGUGCCAGUGACGAUGGGAUGAGCGAGUCGAGCAUGAACGGCAGGGCAGCAAGGGGAGUGAGUCCUCCCUUGGACUUUAUGCCUCUUGAGGCAGAUUGCGACAGCCAAGGUGCACACUUGAGGAAGAUUCUACAGAGGUGA